CUUUGGCUGUUUAUUGUUCCUGCCUCAGCACGGACAGAGAAAACGGGCUAAGAAGCUGCCAGCUACCUUUUUUUCACACGGUUAACGGUUGGUUUAACGAGGGUGUAACGGUCGAGACAACUGACUGCACAAACCAGGGGCCAUGGCGUAUGCGUACCUCUUCAAAUACAUCAUCAUCGGAGACACAGGUGUGGGAAAGUCAUGUCUAUUACUACAGUUCACAGACAAGAGAUUUCAGCCAGUUCACGACCUCACCAUUGGUGUGGAGUUUGGAGCGAGGAUGAUCACUAUAGAUGGCAAACAGAUCAAACUGCAGAUCUGGGAUACGGCUGGUCAGGAGUCGUUCCGGUCCAUCACCAGGUCUUACUACAGAGGAGCUGCAGGAGCACUGCUAGUCUAUGACAUCACAAGACGGGACACCUUCAACCACUUGACGACCUGGUUAGAGGACGCUCGCCAACAUUCCAACUCAAAUAUGGUCAUCAUGCUCAUUGGCAACAAGAGUGACCUGGAGUCGAGGAGAGAGGUGAAGAAAGAGGAAGGUGAAGCGUUUGCCAGAGAACACGGCCUCAUAUUCAUGGAGACCUCAGCCAAGACUGCCUCUAAUGUCGAGGAGGCUUUCAUCAACACAGCCAAGGAGAUCUACGAGAAGAUCCAGGAGGGGGUGUUCGAUAUCAACAAUGAGGCUAAUGGUAUUAAGAUUGGACCCCAGCACCCUACCACCAACUCCACACUGACCGGUAGCCAGGGAGGCCAACAGGCUGGAGGGGGCUGCUGCUGAACCCCCAGAACACACCUCCUCCUUCAACCCCCCC